CAUUCCCGACCGACAUUUGUUUAUUUUCUCAAGAGGUUGGGAAGAAAACAUCUCCAGAUGAACAUGCCAUUUCAAGAAGGUAGAUAUUAAAGAAAUGAAUAGCCUACUCCCCAUGAACUUUACCCUGCUGCUUAACCUCUGUAAUUUCAUACACGUUCAGUCCACAUUUUGUAUAUCUGUGUGGGCUUCUGAACGUUUGCUUCUGUGUAGUGACGUUCUUUUACUCGCACAUUUGAACCUAAACUGUCGUUUCGAUAAAUACUAUCAGGCAAAUAAAACGAAAAAUGCCUUUUAUAUGGGUUCGAUACGUAGGCUAGCUCUUGCAGUUAAGUGUCAAACUAAUUGUAUGUAUGGUGCAUGUAUGAGUUCGAAUGUUAUCGAAUAUUUCUAGCCAACAACCGAAUCGGAACGCCGCAAUUACUGCAACUAUGCCUGGUAUUUAUCUUAUUCCUUUUUUUCUUUUUUUUUCUGUUGCAUUCGACUCUGGUCUGAAGAGAGACUGGACAAUAGGAAGGUCAACAGCAAAACAACCAGAUUGUGUGUGUGAGCCAUAUGUUUUUGUCCUCCAACUACAUUUUAGAGGCUACCGAAACAACCUCCAGGUAUGGGGAUACAUUAUCACACUACUUAGUACUGUGAUACAUUAUCUCUCAUCCAGUUAGAUUUUUUAAAGUAAUCUAGUUUUUUUUUUAUUUUUGUUUUUCAUUACUAUUCGUCUGUUCCUUUUCAUCGUAGAGGUCAUAAUCUUUUUUCUACAUAGUAAUGGCACAUACAAUGCAAAGCCAGUCAUUUAUUAUUUAUUUAUUUAUUUUCCUGAAUUGAACUGGACUUUUAAACAACGCCAAUAUAUGGAAUAUUCUGCAUUUAAGUACAAUACACCUAUAUUGGACUUUGAAUCGGUUGGUCACUACUUUGUGUCAAGGCAAAGGGCGGAGCUGAACAGCAUGCUUAGCAUAUCACGUGAUGCUGCAUGGCCAAAUCAACAAUUACCCUGUUUUUAUUCUUUAAGUGUAACUAUAAGGUCUUGUAAGAAGCGUUUUAACGAACUCUUCGGAGAUGUGCGAACGCAAUGUUCUCAGUUCUGGCUAUGUUGGUUCUCUGCUGAAUUUUCCUUCUCCGGACUCUUUGUAUUUCCCAAAUUUACGGAGCAAUGGAGCCCAUCUUUCCGGACUUUCUCAGAUUCCCUACAGCAGAAGAGAGGUGUGCUCGUUCCCGUGGACUUCCCCAAGUUCGUGCACGGCCCCACCACAGAGCCGCGCCUUUAGUGGUUAUUCUCAGCCGUUUCUGACAGACUCAGUGCCUCAAAAUACAAACCCCAACUACAAUAAAGGAUCGUCAGAAGAGCAUUUGAAAUAUUAUUUUCAGAAUGCACAUCAAAAAAGCGUGGAACAUAGACAAGAGGCAUCGUUCGUCGGUGAACACGGAAUGACUAAUUCUGCUAGUUCUAGCAAGUACGAGUUAUCUAACUUGGACAGACGGUCACAGAACUCGGCUUCACACACUGAACUAAACUCAAGUAUGCAAGUAGCUAGCGAUGGUGUGAAGCAAUCGGUCAACUCACUUGUCCAAAUGCAACCAUCCUCAAGUAACACAACACCCAGAACAUCGUUCUCUGAUGGUGUGCCUUGGUGUCCAUCACAAGUGAGACAGAGAAAAAAGAGGAAACCCUAUACAAAGCCACAGCUGGCUGAACUUGAGAGUGAAUUCUUGUUAAAUGAAUUUAUAAACAGACAAAAACGGAAGGAUCUUUCAGACAGGCUGGACUUGAGUGACCAACAAGUUAAAAUCUGGUUCCAGAAUCGUAGGAUGAAAAAGAAGAGACUUUUGAUGCGUGAUCAUGUGUUUGCAUUGUACUGACUGCAGCGAGACGGCCUGUAGGUUGCCUUCGGACCAGCGCAAAGGUCACAGGCGGCCGGAUCAGACGUAUCUACACCACGCCUGGAGGUCACAAAUGUGUAGAAAAUGCUCAGAGUAUUUAAUGCAUAUAUCAUAUUGUAAAUUUUAUAUUUAUUUUCCAGAAUUGCUGUAUGUCAAGCUCUGUUUGUAAACUGAAGAAACAUCUCGGUGGUGUUAGGACAUACUAAGGGCAGCAUGCAUGCAUCCAGUAUGCAUUCAUCAAAUUAUUGCUAGUCAAGGCUGACUUUUUGUAAAAUGUCAGACUUUUGUUUACAACACUAGGCUAUAUGCUAUGAGCAUGUAUGACGUUUAUUACACGAAGAAAAAUAAAGACCAGUUCUUAAAACUCAACCAAAACCGUCAGGUGUUAUGUAACUUUGAAAUUGCUUAGAUAAUUGAAAACGUUUUGGAAAGGGCUACAUUCAAACCAUCUAAGUUGGAGUGGACACACACUUAGCAAUAUUGCACACACCGUUUAAGUGGAUCUGUCAUUUGUCUGUAAAAGUUCAUGUGCGCUACAGCUUUAGAAAAUGGUUGUACAUCCUUCUUUUGCCAUGUAAGCCAUGAAAUACAUAAUCUUCUUUAGGCCAUCUAUUUAACAGGGGUCGGUAGGAUAUUUGGAUUAGAUCUGUUGAUGGAUAUUUACUAAUAGCAUACUGGCCAAAGUAGAUCUUAAUUUUCUUCAGAAGGUUACUUUUCAAACACUGAAUAUGCUAUUUCAGUCUGGGUCUUAGUCCUAAUCGUGGAAAUCAAGUGUCCAUUAUUUGGUCUAUGAAUGUAAAUAUUGUAUUGUGUAUUAAAUAAUUUAACUGAGUAUUAAGUGAAGAAUAUGCUGCAUAUGUGAUUUUAGUUGUUGUUGUUUUAAUCAUCUUAAGUCCUUAUGUCCUAACUGGGGCUGUUGUGCGUAAAACGCGUCCAAGCUCAAGUUCGUUGGUCAAGUAAAAUCAGACAUUGGUCCGACUCAGAACGGAAAGCGGGACAGAAUUUUUGUAAAUUAUAUACUGCAUUUGUAUAUUGUUUUCGGAUACAGACUACAUUUCAGUGUGAAAUAGGUGUAAGGUAUUCGAACUUUAAUAUGAAAGGCCAUAUACCGCUUUAACCAUAAGUUAUCAAACAACUUCAAUGUAUUUGAAUAUCUGUGCCACCUUUGCGCAUAUUACACCUGCAUUACUUAUGUAAGUAGCCUACUAGUUGGUCAUACCAAAAGUGCAAUUAAGCACCAAAAAAAGAAAACGUUUUUUUUUUUGUGACAGAUGUUAUAGUAAAUGUAACCUGUGGGCAGGCAGCACGCCUGCGAAUUUAGCAAUGAUACUGUAUAGUAUUAGUAUACCUGUAAGAGCUUUACCUUCUUCGCAAUAUU